GUUUGUUUUUGUAGGAUGAGAGGUAGGAAUGUGGAUUCGCACCGGUUGUAUUGGGUGGUAGUGGCCCGGGAUUGGUGGUUGAAGGUCAAUUCGUGUGAGGACUGGGGCGAGAUCAUCGAGGAGAUGGCGCUGCUGAAGCGUUGCGUGAACAACGAGAUUGCGUUGAAGAAAAUUAACUUCUGGUUUUUGGACAAGUACGCGAAAGUUUAUUUUCACGAUGGGCCUCCGAAGAAGAGGAGGACGACAAAAAGCUACAUAAUCGGAGGUGGUCAGCGCACAUGUUGCACUCGGUGCCGGCGGUUUACAGCACCGCAACUUCCCGCCCACAAACACUCACGUCGCGACGGCGCAGCUUCAGCCGAAUGAAUCUGGACAGUGAGCAAAAAAAAAAUCUGUGUAAUUCUCGAAGUAGGAUUACGUGCUCAAAAUCGAACUCCGUUCCGAGAGCCUCGUCAACUCCAUGUUCCGGAUGCGCUUCCAGGAUCGGGAACUCCCCGAAUCAAUGGCCAACUCCUCCAAGACUGUCCUGAUUGAGGCCGGAAACGUGACCAUCGUGUUACACUGCUGUCGCGCGUCGAAGCCUCCAUCAGGAACUGUCCAGCCUGUGGUAUUCGGAAGUGACCGGUGGCGUACCGUAUGAAGCAGAUGCUAGUGGAGAAGCGUUAAAUACAAAAAAAGUGUUUUUCUAACAUACUGUUUAAUUUUUUUAA